UCGCAAAGGCAUUACAUUGUAUAUCGAAGAUGUUGCUGGUCAAGACCCUGGAAUAUUUAUUUUACCUGGCCCUGUUCGCCUUCAUGUGCAAGUAUUCCCAGGCAGCGAGUGUUCAGUCCACGGAAUCACCAAUAAGUCCCACGGAAACUCUCAAGAAACCCCAAAAAGCGGAUAGUAUUCUAAAUGGCUGUGAAGCCUCAUCAUUUAGCUGGAUGUGUCUCAAGAUCGAGUUUGUCAAAAUCAUGGAAAAGCUAGCCGAGCAAGAGGAGCUGCGGGUCCUGCCAGGUGUCAGCGUGGUAAAGGACGAAAAUGCCACAGAACUGAAGACAUCUGAACUUAUGGCCGAAGUAGCUCGGAGCUAUCCUAGUGAUCCCAGCACUCGAUUGAACGGCUAUAUUGUUGCCAAGUUGGAGAAUAUCCUGAAGACCCGUUUUCUUCGCUUUCGCCUGCUGGAUGACCAGUCUUUGGUAGAGGGCCGAAAGCAUAAAUUCGGGAAGAAAGGUGGCCUAGAGGCACUCGUGGCAGCAGGGGUCAUGAUGAAGGGCAUGCUGAUGGCAAUGGGCUUCGGUGCCAUCGCUCUGAUGGCCGGCAAGGCUCUGAUGACAGCUCUGAUGGCCUUGACUCUCUCGGGAGUUUUGGGUCUGAAGAGUCUGGCUGGUGGUGGCGGAAAGUCCACAACCUACGAAAUAGUAGCGAAGCCCAUUUACACCUCUAGCCACUCUCAUUCGGUGAGCCACGAAGAUGGUCACGGGCACUCUGCCCACUUUGGUGGAGGAGGCGGUGGUGGUACUGCCAGUGGUUACGGUUACGGAGGAUACGCUAGGUCCCUAAAAGUAGAUCAGGCAGCCAACCAAAUCCAGUAA